AUAUUAGCAAUUGAGGACGACAAUUCUGCUGUCUGAAGAUGGAGAACAACAUAACUACUAUAUCUCGUGAAGAGCUUGAAGAGCUACGAGAAGCAUUUGGCAAAAUAGAUAUUGACAACAGUGGGUAUGUCAGUGAUUACGAGCUUCAAGACCUGUUUAAAGAAGCAAGUCUGCCCUUGCCUGGUUACAAAGUCCGGGAGAUUGUAGAAAAAAUCAUUUUAGUGACAGAUAGCAACAAGGAUGGGAAAAUCAACUUUGAAGAAUUUGUCUCUAUAAUUCAGGAGUUGAAAAGCAAAGAUGUUAGCAAAUCUUUCCGAAAAUCAAUAAACAAAAAGCAAGGUAUUACAGCAAUUGGAGGAACAUCAGCAAUAUCUAGUGAGGGGACACAGCACUCCUAUUCAGAGGAAGAAAAAGUUGCUUUUGUUAAUUGGAUAAAUAAAGCUCUACAAGAUGACCCAGACUGUAAGCACCUCCUACCCAUGAACCCAUCAGAUGCCAGUCUGUUUAAAUCCCUUGCAGAUGGCAUCCUUCUUUGCAAAAUGAUCAACUUUUCACAACCAGAUACAAUUGAUGAAAGGGCUAUUAAUAAGAAAAAACUCACUCCUUUCACUAUUUCUGAAAACCUAAACCUGGCUCUGAACUCAGCAUCUGCCAUUGGCUGCACGGUUGUCAAUAUUGGAUCACAAGAUUUGCAAGAAGGAAAACCACACUUGGUGUUGGGGCUCUUGUGGCAGAUCAUUAAAGUUGGCCUUUUUGCUGAUAUUGAGAUCUCCAGAAAUGAAGCUCUUAUUGCCUUGCUAAAUGAAGGGGAAGAGCUGGAUCAGUUAAUGAAGCUUUCCCCAGAAGACCUCUUGCUGCGCUGGGUGAAUUACCAUCUGGCCAAUGCAGGGUGGCAGAAAAUCAGUAACUUCAGCCAAGACAUUAAGGAUUCAAGAGCGUAUUACCAUCUGUUAAAUCAGAUUGCACCCAAAGGAGAUGACCAUGAACAACUGCCCAUUAAAAUUGACUUUACAGGAUUUCAUGAUAAAAAUGACUUGAGGAGGGCUGAAUACAUGCUCCAACAGGCAGAUAAAUUGGGCUGCAGACAGUUCGUAACUCCAGCUGAUGUGGUUGCAGGCAACCCUAAGCUCAAUUUGGCUUUUGUUGCAAAUCUCUUUAACACAUAUCCAGGCCUGCACAAGCCUGACAAUUCAUCUUACGAUCUCAAUUUAUUAGAAGGAGAAAGUAAGGAAGAAAGGACUUUCAGAAACUGGAUGAAUUCACUAGGUGUAAGCCCAUAUGUUAAUCAUUUAUACAGUGACCUUUCUGAUGCUUUAAUCAUCUUCCAACUGUAUGACAUGACGCGUGUACCGGUUGACUGGAGCCAUGUCAACAAACCUCCUUACUCAUUGCUGGGUGGCAACAUGAAAAAGAUUGAGAAUUGCAAUUAUGCAGUAGAACUUGGGAAGACAAAAGCCAAAUUCUCACUGGUUGGUAUUGCUGGACACGAUCUAAAUGAGGGUAAUCCAACUCUGACUUUGGCUUUGGUAUGGCAGCUGAUGAGAAGGUAUACUUUGAAUGUAUUAUCUGACCUAGGAGAGGGCGAAAAAGUAAAUGAUGAAAUUAUUAUUAGGUGGGUGAAUCAGACACUUGCAAAUGCAAAUAAGAAAACUUCAAUUACAAGUUUCAAGGACAAAUCAAUUAGCACUAGUUUACCUGUCCUAGAUUUAAUAGAUGCCAUUGCAUCAAAAGCAGUUCGUCCAGAAAUGGUCAAGAGAGAAGACCUUUCUUACCAAGACAAAUUGAAUAAUGCCAAGUAUGCCAUUUCAGUUGCUCGAAAAAUUGGUGCUCGUAUUUAUGCUCUCCCAGAUGAUCUGGUUGAAGUGAAGCCAAAAAUGGUGAUGACAGUGUUUGCAUGUUUGAUGGGAAGAGGACUGAACAGAAUAAAAUAAUGCAGACAUGUUAUCUAACUUUCUGCCAUGUUAAGCACAAUGAAUGCCUCGCAGUUUACAGAGUUCUGAAACUUAGUAUGAGAUGAGAAAAAUUGUAUGCACAAAUAUACUCAUCAAUUAUCUUUUAAUAAUGUGUUUAUAUUAGUCGAUUUUCUUCAGUUUCAUAACACAUGAAUUAUUUAUGGCUAAUACUGUUUUCAGAACGUUCAUUAACAAAUUAACAUCAUAGAUUUGUAUUGCUUGGAAAAACCCAUAUGAAUCAAGCUUCAUUUGUAUUAGUUUCCAUAGCACUGUAAGAACUUGCAUUGUUCUACAUAUGUUGUUUCAGAACCAAUCAUGAAACACU